ACAUGGCAAUGCCUAGAGGUUGGAAUAAUGGCAGGAUGCACCAUUUCUCCACUGGCUUUUACCAUGGCAAUGGAAGUAAUCAUUAGGGCAUCAAAAUGGGUAGUAGGAGGAGAGCGCUUGGCUUCUGGAAUGCGACUACCACCAAUUCGAGCAUACAUGGAUGACAUGACAACCAUGACUACAACAGUAGCCUGCACUAAUCGAUUAUUGGGCAAAUUAACCAAUAACAUUGAAUGGGCACGAAUGCAAUUCAAGCCCACUAAAUCAAGGAGCAUCUCUAUAAUUAAAGGCAAAGUAGUAGAUAAAACAUUCUUCAUUAAUGGUGAGGCAAUACCAACAGUGUCUGAGAAGCCAGUGAAGAGUCUUGGGAGAUGGUACGACGGGGAUCUAAAGGACACAGUUCGUGUGGGAGAAGUUAGACAACAAGCAGUGGAAGGGUUGAAGAGCAUAGACAGCUGCGCUCUACCAGGUAAACUAAAACUCUGGUGCUUUCAGUUUGGUCUACUGCCGAGGUUGCUGUGGCCACUGACUGUGUACGAGGUUUCUUUGACAACAGUAGAGAAGCUGGAAGCUUUAAUCAGUUCAUACAUCAGGAAAUGGUUGGGAGUUCCACGCUGCCUCAGCAGAGUGGGACUUUAUGGUAAAGGAAUACUGCAGCUACCAGUCUCUGCUCUAACCGAGGAGUUUAAGUGCGCCAAGGUCAGACUGGAAAUGACAUUAGUAGAGUCACGCGAUAAAUGCGUAAGGGAGGCAGCACCUGUGUUGAAAACUGGAAGAAAGUGGGCGGCAAAGAAAGCUGUGGAAGAUGCAAAGGCUGCCCUUCGAAUUGGUGAUAUCAUGGGGCAAGUUCAGCAUGGAAGAGGGGGUCUUGGUUUCAGUUCAACUCCUCCUACAUGGCACAAGGCGGCCCCAGCUCAAAGGAGGAAGAUGGUAGUCAACGAGGUGCAAAAGCAGGAGGAGAGGAUGAGGUGUAUAAAGGCCAUUUCCCAGGCCAAACAGGGAGAAUGGAUGAGAUGGGAGAGUGUGGAACAACGCAAGAUUGGCUGGCAAGACCUAUGGUCAAUGGAACAGAGCAGGAUCAGUUUCCUCAUCAGGUCAACAUAUGAUGUUCUCCCAUCACCACAGAACCUAAACCUCUGGGUAGGAGAGGAUCCCUCAUGUCCUUUGUGUUCAUCACCUGCAACAUUAAGGCACAUUUUGACAGGAUGUAAGGUGGCUCUUAGCCAAGGACGGUUUACUUGGCGCCAUGACCAGGUGCUGCGAUGUUUGGCCUUAGCAUUGGAAGACAAGCGUAACAUGACCAAUAAGUUGCCACCUGUUCCAUCCCUGCAAAAUGGGAGGGGCCAGACUAGCAGUGUAAUCCGAUACCCUGAUGAGGUCACCAGUGCAAAGGCAAAGAAGCUGUAUAAGAACAAGCUAAUGAAGGAGUCCCCAGAGACACUGAUAGCAGACUGCAGCCUGGCUGGGGACAAGAGGACCAAAACCAACCUGCUGUUCUAUACAGAGCACCCAACUGCCUGGCACACAACCCUCUGCACAGCACAUAACCCCCGCACCCUCCCGCUCACCCCCAGACUGCCCAGCACAGUGCAGCACUUGAAGGAAUGCCUCUCACUGCUGGAAGUGGAGUUUGCAGAAUUCAAGGAGUUCACUCUGACCACGCUGACAGAGAACGACCUCGUGCAGCAGAUAAGAGACGAGGUGAGGCAGCCUGCAGGAUUUUUGCUUUGA